AUGAAUUUUGGUAGUUUGGAGAGAGCCAAUGCCCAGUUGUUACAACAGUUAGCUAUUAAAGAAGAGGAAUCGGCACGAAUUCAAGAGGAAGUGAAGCAACUAAACUUGCAGCUUGAAACAGCUAGACUGAAGCGAAUUCAAGAACAAGCACAACUGCAUAGAAAAUCUGAGAAUGGUGCUGGACUAGCUGCUGUUAGUUUUGAACCAAUGUCUGUAGCUUCUACUGUAGUUGAUUUAGAAGAGAAAAUAUUACAGUUACAAACAUUGGGAGAAAAUCUGGCAGAUUCUAUGGAGUCAGCUGCAGUUGGUAAAUUAUAUACAGUAGAAGGAGAAGGAAGUGUGAGUUCACAGCUAAUGGAAAUGGUUGAUAAAAUGAAAGAUAUGUUAUCUCAUGCAUCACAAACUGAAGAAGCAUCUCAGAAGUCUUCAGCGCUACAUGAUUUUGAGAAGUUGUAUAGUCAAGCUAUGACCUUACAAGUUCAGAUGAACAAUUUGAGAUUAAGUCAUUUAGAAAGAAAUAAAGAAAUUAUGGAUAUUAAAAGACAGUUAUUACAACAAGAAGUUAAUAAUUUAAUGUUACAAGUUGAUAUCACUAGAAGAGAAUCAGAACUCUACCAAUAUCAUGAAGAUGAUUCUCUAGGUCAAGAAUGUGAAAAUAACUAUACACAGGCAGAAGGUGCUUCAAAAGAUGCUGAAGGAGAGAAAAAAGAGAUAACAGAUCAAACAGAACAUGAUAACCAAGAUGGUGAAACAAUUCAACACAUUCCAUUAGCUACAGUCGAAUCCUUAGAGUCAGAAGCUACAAGUAAGAAAAAAGGACUCAAGAAAGAAAAACAAGUCAAAGAGAAAAAAGAAAAAAAAUCCAAAUUAUUUCAUUCCAAAUCUUCAAAAAAAGACACUAAAAAAGAAAGUGACCAAUCAAAAAAAACUAAAAAAAAAUCUCAGAGUGACUCUGAGGAAAGUAAGAAAAAAUCAAGUGCCAUGGAACGCAGCCUUGAAAUGAGUUGUAGUUUAGUUUUGCCUACUGCCAUUGUUUCUCUGCCCAGAGAUCUUUCACAAACUGAAACUAAUGUCCCUAAAGUGGAGAAGGGGUCUCCCACUUUGGCGAAAUCACAACCAAAGCAGAAAGGUUUUCAUCAAGAAGAGAGUAAGAAAACAGCAAAAAGAGUAACGAUUGAGACCCCUGAAAAACCCAUUCCAGAAUCACAACAGAUUCACGAUAAACCUAAACUGACUAAAACUGGUUCUGUUGUUGAUGACGAGUAUUCCCCACAAACUGUGACAGAUAGUCAAGAACAACUUGUAGAUAGUUCAGACAAACACAAACACUCGGAUGAACAGGGCCAACCUUCAGGGACAAUAACUAGAGCUGAGGCAGGGCAAGCAACUCUUAUACCGAGUCCAGUUAUUAGGUCAAAACACCCCCAUACCAGGGGGGAAUCAAAAGGAUUAGACAAAGAAAAUGGUAAAUGCGCUUCUCCUAAACCAAUAUUAAAACACAGUCAACCAAUAUACAAACCACCUUUACCAAAACAAAGCACCCCAUUGACACAUUCCCCGGUUCUCAUUCACAGCGUUAAGAAUGGAUCAAGAUCUAAAAGUGUGGAUGAAGUAAGGAGUAGGAAAUCAGAAUUAUCAGAACGAGAACCAGGUCGUGUAAUGUUCUCUAUUCAAGAUAAAAGAGCCACAGUGUGUGAAAUAGAUCAACAUGUACUUGAAUUACGGAAAACACCAAGUCCAACAUUGUAUCUGCCUCGUGUUGGACUGGUUACUCCAGUAAGACGACUAAAGCCAGCUGCUGAGCUUUUGGAGGAGAGCCAGCGGUAUAGAAAGGGCCAUUCAGUCUUCACUCAAAGAAUUCUUCAACGUUACCAACAAAAAGAAGAACAACGUUUAAGACUAGAAAUGUUACAAAGACAUGACAAAGAGAAUAUUUCGGGUAUUUAUACCAAAUCUGCUCUAAAGAAAUCGCGUGAAGGAACUCCUGUUAAAGCAACAGAUUCUUCACCAAUUACAUCUUUGUCAUCACAGGUUGAAUUUGUUCAAUCAUCACGAACACUGCCUUCUUCCAGUGGAUCAGAUAAACCAAAAUCAAGUGCUCCCUUUAAAGACUUGACAAAUGGUGGACAAUUGUCCGAAAAAUAUGUGUUAGAUUCUCCCGAAAGAACGUUAUCAGAAAGCGUUUUGCAGACAAUAUCCCAGACAAACAUACCGAAAUUGAAACGUAGGUCAUGUGAAGUUGGUGUUUCAUACGAUCCAACUUCUUCGACCGCAUCCUAUAUUAUUGUCUCAACUACAUCGGGAAGUGUUGCAGAAAGUAUUAUCCAACCAGAAUCAACUAUAAGUACAAUAAAUCACUCCUCCAUGCCAACAUUAAGCUCCACCCGACAAGACUCAAUAGAACCUGAACCAGGACGAGAUAGAUCUGCUACCUAUGCUGCUUCUUCAUCUAGAUAUGGUGGUAUAGAUGAUAUUAUAGAGAGCAUAGGUACUUGUCGAGCUAGACCAACAACUACACAGAGUGGACCAAUAUUUAGUUCUUCUACAUCCAGAUCUCCAAUCUUAAAGCAUUCUGGUGGAGAUCGACCAACUUCACCAAAAUCACCAGAUAGAAGAGCCAGAAGUAAAAUGGGGACCAUUGGGGUGCUUUGUAAACAGUCUAUAUCAUUUGAUCUUGGAGUAACAUUAUACUCACCAUUAGAAGGUGCUGUUGGGGGUAGACAGAGAGACUCUACUGGUAGUACCUCCCCACCUUCAACAUCUAGACCAACCUCAACAAGUUCUGAAGGAGAAGUUGCAUCUACUUCCAAGGAUGAAAAGAAAAAGCAACGAAGCAAGUUUUUGGAUUCAAAGUGGCUCCAAAAACCGAAAAAGUUUUUCAAAGUUUCGAAAUGAGGCAACAUGGCCAAUUGAGGUGGAUCAAGUUUAUUCUGUUGUUGCUGAGCUUGCCUAGUGGACCAGAAGUCUGUUUGGGCUGGCCCGGCACUAUAUACAGAAGAUUGAUAGAUUGAGACAAGAGUUACAGACAUGUCUAGUUAAUUCUAGACUUGACAAGUUACCACUUAAAUAUACAACUAGCUAGAGAAUAACACAUCUAUAUUAUACCAUAUAUAGCCCAUAAUAUUCUUAACAUUAACAUCUAUAGUUGGAAAAAGUUACUUAUGCACUUCUGCCAAACAGAACAGUCUACUUUAUUUUGAGGUUGCUCAAGUGGUAAUGAAUACAAUAUAAGUAUGACUUGUUUAGUUGCAAUUACUAUUUAUUGUACCCUGAAACGAAGUGGACUCCUCAAAUUCAUAUCUGGAAAGGUGUAAGGGUGUUGCAUUAACAUCUAGUCCAACUAUAGAACCAUAGUCAAUUCAAACUGGUACUUGUUAAAUAAA